GAAGAUAAUGUUGCGGAAACGUAAGCUUCAUGUUUGAUUUCAACAAACCUAGCGUAUAUUUGGUUUCCAUGCCUAUCGGAAGGUUUAUUUCGAUCGUGGUGAGUCUUAACACAACCUUAAUUAAUAUAAACCAAUAUUUUGACGCUUUAAAUCGUUAAACCUUCUUUCGAGGACGUUGUUCUCUACACAACAUAAUCUAGCUACUAGUGUUCCUCUUGGUGAACUGCGACAUUACCUACAAAAUGUAAAAAAAGUUUACAACAUUUAAGAAAGGUAAACAGCGAUACAUUUACGGGUUAUAUUUAGUAAAUCUGUCAGUCUAUAAUAAUGCCCGAAUUAGACGAGAAAUAUUCAAACACCGUGAGCCCGAAGAGACGCCGCCACAGUCGCUCCAGCAGCCGCUCACCGGACCAAGAGCUGCAAAACGCCAGACACAACCAUAAUGACGAGCACAAGCCGCGAUACUCAGAUAAAGAAAGGACACGAAACCGGUUCAGAGUGGCGAAUUCCCGCAGCCGGUCGAGGUCCAGGGAACGAGAUAGGUUAAAUUGGUCUGACCAGAGAGACAGGGAAUACGGUCCUGGCUCAAGGUCUGAUUACUAUGAGAAGAGAGAUGAUGCCCAACGACAGAGGCAAGACGCCUUUAUCGCGAGACGCCUACAGGAACGAGAAAGAAUUGGUGAACUGGGAUGUCCUGAGGUCUGGGGCUAUUCUCCAAGAGUCAGAGAACCCGACUCAGAUGAGCACACUCCUGUGGAAGAGGAUGUGAAGAACAAUGGCUCUGAUUCAGAGGAAAAGAAGAAAAAGAAGAAGAAGAAAAAGAAAUCAAAGAAGAGGAAACACAGGAAGCAUUCAGAGGACAGCGGGUCAGAAAGUGAUUCUGAAGAAGAGAUGAAAAAGAAGAAAAGAAAGAAGAAAAGUAAGAAGAGGAAAUCAAAGAAGAAGAGGGCGAAGAAGAGUCACAAGGAGUCUAGUAGCUCUAGCAGUGAUCAGUCUGAGGAAGAGGACAUUAAUGAAGUCUCAUGGGUGGAGAAAACUGGUGUUGGAGAACAUGUUGUUGGACCUGAAGCUCCUCUUACUCACCUGUCCCAAGAUGAUAAACCAUUAGAUUUUGGCCACGCUUUACUGCCAGGUGAAGGUGCAGCCAUGGCAGAGUUUGUCAAAGCUGGAAAACGAAUUCCAAGAAGAGGUGAAAUCGGUCUGACUAGCAAUGAGAUUGCAGAGUUUGAGAUUUCUGGCUUUGUCAUGAGUGGAAGCAGGCAUCGACGUAUGGAAGCUGUGCGUUUGAGAAAGGAAAACCAGAUCUACAGUGCUGAUGAGAAGAGAGCACUUGCAUCUUUCAACCAGGAGGAAAGGAGAAAGAGGGAGAGUAAAAUCCUUUCUAGCUUCAGGGAAAUGGUGUACAGAAAGACUAAAGGCAAAGACGAGAAGUAGACUGUAAUGCAUAAUUAUAACUAGUUUGUUUCUCCUAGUUUUACUUUAAAAAUCUAGUUAAGGUGCAGAAUAUAUUCAGUUUUCUCAGCUUGGUACAUCAUGGUGUUCAAUGUAUAGUGAGGGGUUUGUGAACUAAUUGUUGUCCAUUUAAGAAAUAAGGAAUAGACUGAUCAGUAAAACCAACAUUUACCACUGCAAUACUCAUAUGUAAUGUGUUUUUUGCAUUUAAAUAAAAUGGUUAUGUG